UUAGUUUUUUCAAUGAGAUAGAAGUGCAGAAAUUUAUUGAAAGCUUUUUUUAAGAUACAUGUUUGAUCCCUUCUUUUAGGUCAAUGGUGUCAUCGUGAAGAUGAAGUUUCAGUGGCAGGACAUCUGCCCUUCAUGGCGAAAGAGGUCAGGAAAACAACCCCGGAAAGCUUGCAACAUCAAUGGACUGCACCUUUGAUGAGAGGCGCUACUGGAUGAUCAUUGCCAAGCCACUCGUCAGUCAGAUACCAGUCUUCCACGGCCUACAUCCGCUCCCAUAUUAACGGAUCUCCUGAGGACAACAGACAAGGAUGAUUUCAACAGCUUCGUUGAUGACCUCAGAAAAAUAUUCACAGAUGAUAUAAUUGAUAGGGUAGAGAAGAAUACUCGAGCGCAGUCAUUCUCUCGCGACUGGUACUUGCACAGGAGAGCCAGAGUGACAAGCACAGUGUGCCACUCCUUUAAAACAAGAGCUAAGGACAUAGACGAAGAGCCAGGCCGCAUGGCAUGAGAGGCCUUCUUAGUGGUAUUUCGUGCAUGAGCACCGUUCAGACCCCAGCCAUGAAAGAAGGGAAGAAAAAGGGAACCAAAGGCCAUUGCCCUCUACAUGUCGCUCUUGACAGCUGAUGGACACUGCCCUGUGCUUGAGAAUAGGGGAGUUGUCAUUUGGAAGGAUUUUCCAGUGAUGGGGUGCUCACCAGAUGGUGUUAUGAGUUUCGACUGGGAGUGUUGUACGGAAAAACUAGUUCUGCUCGAGGUUAAGUGUCCGACCAACCUAAAAAACUCAUUUUCUGGGUGUCGACCGAAACCACUGUAUAUGAUGCAGGUCCAGGUAGCAAUGGGUAUUUUAAACAUUUCAUCAUGCGACUUUUUUUGUUUACAGAUCAUUAACCGAGUGGAGACAAGUGACUGUUGAGUUCGAUCCAAAGUACUUCAACACAUGCGUCCGCUCUGUACACAAAUUGUACUCGGAAUACCUUUCUUUCCCUUCGAAGCGACUUGCAAUCUAUGGGCCGACCUUUCACUGCUUAAGCAUACUGAUGUCGAGCAUUACCUAGAUUUAUGACUUUUUAUCGAUAUGUUGCUGUUGAAUCUUCUUUAUUUGCUUUCGGGGUCUACUGCUUAUCGAGGUGUCGUCCUGUGGCAAGGAGGGGUGUAGUGUGUGUAUUGAUGUCGCUGACCUGCAAUAAGGCAGAGCUAGCCUCCUCUUUAGGCAGGCCUUGGUGGGCUAGGUGAACGCCGAGUGAGAAACGGUCACUGGCCCUCUUUAGUCCAAAGCGUCAUGUCAUCAGCAUAGAUGGUUAAACUUAGGACUUCUCUUCAUCUGAGUAUUGCAGGUAGCCUGGCCUUAACCAUGUUGAACAAGGCGGGGGUAUGGCUGCCCAUGUGGUACGCCUAGACCAUUUGCUGUGCCUGGACCCAACGUCGGUCCCACCCUUACUAUGAACCUGUUUUUUUAGACAAAUUGUUCCCGUGAAAUUUUUUGUAAGCCUUGUCAGCUGUGGCACCCAUCCAGGGACAUGUCUGCCAUUAGGAAUGUUUAGGCUACGUCACCUUUCAACCUGUUCUUUCUCCCUUGCACUUCCUUCAUCUGCAUUUUAGUGCAGUCAGCAUGCGAAAUCUGACAGAUGAAAUGUGCUCAUCCUUAUAAAUGCAAAUAAAAAUAUACCUGAUUUGCAUUUGUAUAUAGUAUUCCUCUAGACUCAUCUGGUUUUAUUUAACAAUAAAAAAGCAAUACAUAGUUUUAACAAUGCUAGAAAUAAACACUGUCUGCCAAUUUUCUUAAAUAAGGCACAAUUGUAAGUGAGCCAACCUAGCUUUCAAAGCAGCUUUGUGUUGUGGGCGGCGCUAGUGUCAAGUUUGGACACUUUCAGUAAUUGGGUUGCGAACACUGCGCCCACGUCUUCUGUAAAAAGCCAUUGCCUCGUAAGGUAAACAUGCUUUUCCGUUCCCGGCUCUCGACUGUCUGUAUGCUCAGUUGCUUGCUUGCCGUCGCUGGUGGGCCGUGCAGUCUGACCGCCGGCCACAGCCCGGCACGACAUGGUGUCAGAAGCAGACCACUAGGCCUACGUACCUUCAGUCCUCAUGGCAGCGCAUUAGGCCUAUGUACCUCCGUCAUGGUGAACUCGCAAGAAGCUCCAACGUGGGCGGGCGUCUCCCUACGUCAGCCCGCUGCUUUCAACUUCGACAACACCGGUUCUUGGCCUGCGUGGCUUACGCAAUUCGAGGACUACGCUUAUGCCUUUGGACUUUGCCAAGCACCACCGGACGUUCAGGUGCGGACACUUCUCUACUGUAUGGGCCCCGAAGCUCGGGUCCUUCUCGACACGUUCGGCUUGAACGCCACCUACCUGAACGACUAUGACACGGUGGUCAAGCGCUUCUUGGAACACUUUGUGCACCCCCUCAACGAGGUGUACGAGUCUUCGAGGUUCCACAAGCGGGUUCAGCAGCCGGGAGAGAGCGUCGACAGUUACUACGCCGAGCUCUGCAAGCUUGUCAAAUGGUGCAACUACCCGUCCCCCGAUGUCGAAGAACGCCUGGUUCGCGACCGGUUCGUUGUCGGUCUUUGCGACGGACGCCCAUCGGACCAACUCUGUCGGAACGCGAAGCUCAGCCUCAAGGACGCAUGGACACAGGCGAGGCAGGCCGAAGACGCCGAAAAAGAAAAGACUGCUCGUGGGAGUGAGUCAGGCCAGCUCACCGUCAACGUCGACACUACGAAGUCUCAUCGGGGUCCGACGCACCAACGCAAGACAAUGAAACGGUCAGACGACACGUCAGCCGUGCCUUCACGUGGCGAUAUCGACUCGGGUUCCUGCAGCUACUGCGGUUGAGGCCCCCAUGCACGCUCCGACUGUCCUGCUCGGCAGUCUCUGUGCAACUACUGCAAAAAGAAGGGCCACUUCGCGGACGUCUGUUGCGCUCGCAAACGAAAGCAGAGCAAGGUGGCAGCCUUACAGCUCCAUGCAAUCCUCGAGACUGAGAAGGCCAAGGCCAAGUACGUCGAGGUCACUGUCGACAACUACUUGGCGAGAUUCAAGGUAGACUCUGGCACGGAGGUGUCUGCUGUUUCGGAAGCCUUCCCAAACUUACCUCGUCAUCUGGACAAGGUCGACGACCUGCUGACGGGACCGGGAGACCAAUCACCAAAAAGUCGUUGGGUCCUUCAUGGCUACCCUCCUGUGGCGAGGCAAGACCUGUCAUUAGCGUCUGUACGUGAUCAAGCCCCUCUCCGUGCCCCUGCUGGGGUUCCCAGCCAUCCAGGCUCUGGGUGUGGUCAAGUUUUUGGACGACAUGAAAGUGCAGGUGCCGCAGGGACUUUUCAGAGGCCUCGGCACGCUCAAGGAGGAGUACAAGAUCCGUUUACGCCCAGAUGCGGUUCCGUUUUCCCUUAGUGUUCCACGCCGCAUACCGACAUGGUGAACCACUUGGCCCGCUUCCUUGCACACGUGGCCCAAGUGACAGCGCCGAUCAGGGCUCUGCUUAGCAAGAACACAGAGUGGACCUGGUCGUACGAACAGGAAGUCGCCUUCGAUGCUCUCAAGAAGCUGCUGACGUCCGACCGUUGUAUGGCGAAAUACCACCCAACCUACCCAACUACGGUCUCAGCAGAUGCAAGCUCCUUCGGCCUAGGCGCGGUGCUGCUGCAGACCCAACCAACAGGAGAGAGACGACUUGUCGCCUUUGCGUCAAGAUCCCUGACAACAACUGAGCAGCGCUACAGCCAGACGGAGAAGGAGGCUUUGGCGGUCACCUGGGCUGUACAGAGGUUCCACGAGUAUGUGCGUGGCAUCUCCUUCAAUGUCGAGACGGAUCAUCUGCCAUUGGUCUCCCUUUUCGGAAAGAUGGAGCUCGACAUCUUGCCACCGCGGAUUCAACGGUUGCGGCUGAAGCUCAUGCGGUAUCAAUUCCGAAUGCUGCAUGUUCCUGGAAAACUACUAGCCACAACCGACACACUGUCUCGAAUCCCUUGCAAGGCCCUCGUCGCACCAGGAGAGCUGGAUGCCAUCGAGCUUUUCGCAGCUGAAACAGUGGACGGCUCCUCUGAGGUGCUUCCAGUUCCCAUAGAAGAUCUCAAGAUGGCUCAAGCAUCCGACGGUGAAUGCAGUACGCUAAUCUCAUUCUGUCAGGGCGGUUGGCCGUCCAAGGGAAAGCUACCUUUGCACGUUGCAAAGUAUGCACCCGUAUUGGAAGAAGUUUCAGUCUGUAAUGGUCUUCUGCUGAAGGGAACUCGUAUAGCCAUCCGAUUACGACGCCUUAGCAAGGCUUCGUAAUCCAAUUAUGACUCGACCAAGCGCACCCCAACCAAGCAAGAUGGCAGCGCCCUGAAGCCGGAUUUGCAAACGUGUAUAGGAUUUAAAUGUAAAGCAUGAGUUGUAAAAGCUGCAAUCCGUGUGAAUAGUGCUACACCACCUUGGACCUCCAGGCAUACCUCAGCAAACCUCACUCAUGAGGGCCUUCACUCUCCCUCACUUAUUCUCAACUUCACAGGUGAGGUGAGGGUGAGUGAGUUUCUGAACCAGGAAAAUUGAUGAGUGUUAGGGUGAGUGAGGGCCAUGAGGACUGUGAGGGCGGUGAGUGUCGUUAAAGCCAUGAGUGCGUAAGGGGCGUGAGGGCUAUGAGGGCGGUAAGUGCGUGAGGGGUGUGAGGGCCGGCCAUGAGUGCAUGAAGGCAGUGAGUGAAUGAGUGGCAUGAGGACCAUGAGUGCCUGAGGGCGGUGAGUGUUUGAGGGGCGCGAGGCAACCUUCAGACGGAGCAACUUGUUGUUGCCUAGCUUUCCCUAGAUCGACACGAAUUGCUGAGAUCGGGUCCGGCUCGAAAAAAGCGAGCAACUCAGAGCAAUUUGAAGACGUUUGAAGCGGCUGCAUCCUAUCAGGGACGCAAUAUUGUCACGUGACACUGCGUGCCGGUGAUGAUGUCAACAAAAGACUUGGUUCUGGUUCGAAAUUGAUCGUUUU